UUUGCGAAUAAGUGGGACGCUUACUAGUUGCACCUCUAUAUAACUGUUAACACCAGCCGGCAUUUUUUCGUUGUAAAACACUCGAAUUCUUCCCGUAAAUCCCAAAAAUCGAUAAUAGCAAGAAAUGUUUUUGUAAGUGCGUGUUUUUUUUUUGUAUACGUAUACACAAACGUCUUGCGCAAGUUCCACAUAAGCACAAAAUGAUCACAUGUUUAAAAUAAUACGGUACAUCUUUUGGAGAAUGCUGGAUUACAUAUAUAAAUACCUUCUAAUUGCCGGAUAAGUUUGAAGAAAUCGAGCUACGAAGAUGGACGAGGAAGCUAUGUGGAAAGAUUUUUAUCGCAAGAUUGUAGAAGAGAAAUUGACAGAAGAAAAUAACCAACAAGAGAAAUCGGAACAUGAGAUAAGGACUAAGAAAAUGAAAAUGGCACACUUCGAAAAGCUGGACGAAAAACAUCCAUAUUUUCUGAUUGCCGCUAUUCGAAUGUCUCAAAAGCCGGAAGCAAAAGAAGUGACCGUCGCAAGAUUUUAUUGGAAAUUUGCGGCGUUCAACUUUAUUCAUAACAGAGUUCAAGAAUCGGAUGGCAGCUUUUUCGAAAAUCUCGGCACACUGCUUGCAGAAAAAGUUCGCGCUCAAGAACAAGCAGAAGGCCCGCUUCCAAAGAAAAAGGAUGAAAAGCAAAAAGAAGAAGAAGAAGAUACCUUAAGUGAGGAAGAAAGUAUCAAUGAGCCAACUGAGGCCCUGCUGGAAACUGACAGCGAUAGAGACGAAAGUGAGCAUGCUCGGAAUUUUUUGGCCGAAUCGAUAGGCUUAAACAUUGAAGAACUUUAUGCUACAUUGCUGUAUAUGACACAACAUCAGAUUGGCUUCGACGUUUCUAGAGAAUGUAGUCAAGAAACUCUUUUCAACCAUUUACAAAAUGCUUUUAAAGUCGAUAACGAGACACACGAAAGAGUGUUGGAAGAAACAAAAAAUCUUGAGCCACCAGAAUUACAUCUGAAUGUUGAAGUGAUCGAAGCCAAAGAACUAGUUUCCAAAGAUUCUAACGGUAAAAGUGAUCCUUUCUGUGCCCUUUAUCUCGAAUCAGCCCCAACCAGAAGAUACAAUACUGCCGUGAAAACUUGUACACUCAGUCCAAUUUGGGAAGAACAUUUUGAAUUACGAUUGGAAGAUUCUGGAAACGACAUCUUGUGCCUUGAAGUAUGGGAUUUUGAUGCUGCCGAAACCGUGCCUGAAAAAAUGAGCAAAGUUAAAGAUGUUAAAGGUGUUCGUGGCUUAGUUAAGCUAGCCAAGGAAAUUGCAGUAACGGCUACUACUGGUAGUCAUGAUAAUGAAUUCAUUGGUCGAUGUCGAAUACCAUUAAAGGAUAUACCAACAACGGGACAUACUAUGUGGUACGGUUUAGAAAAAAGGAACAAAUCGAAACGUCGGGGCGUUGUGAAGCUCCGAUUGUCCUUUAGCGCGGAACAUAAUGCACAAGUGGCCGCACAAGAACAUCGACACCUGUUAAGAGUGUUGCUACUUCAUGAGAUUGAGACGGAAAAAAUCGAGAAAUACUGUUGGUGUGGUCGUUGGUCGGGACCAGCCGAAGCCCUCAUUCUUCAGCACAGCGCUCAACGUGGUUUACUAGCUAGAAAUCUCGCUUUGGCACAAUGGGUCGAAUAUGCAAGGAUUCAUCAAGAGCAUCCAUUAAGUUUCACAAUUUUUAAUAAGCUCGCAAUUGAUUUGCUCAGACCAAUGGACAACGGCUUGUUCUCUGCUGACGAAAAUAGAUUAUUCUGGGAUGCCACCAAGAAAAUUUUGUAUUCAUGCUUAAAUAGUAUACGAAAAAUUCGAAGACUAAUUUUGGGAGAUAAAAAUGUCAUGGUGCAAUUAUCCGCUAUUUUAGGGAUAUUAUCAUCCAUAUCUUCUCUGAAAAUUCCUGAAGACAUUGAUCUCUUUCCGGUCAAAAUGUACUCUUGGUUUUCUCAACCUGACGAUGACAAAAUGGAUGUACUUCAAGCCUUGGAAGAUACUAUUAUACAAAGCUGUGCAGAGUGGUUUGAACACAUAGUAAGCAAUAAUUCUCCUGAAACAGAAUCGGACGAAGAUGCACUUAGAAAUCAAAUUAAAAUAAUUCAACUAAUUAGAUCAGACUUACAGAAAGCUAUUGAGAAUUAUGACAAAUUAUUUAUAAAAAAAGUAAAUGUUCCGUACGCAAGAAUACUGUAUAUUGCGUAUGAGAAGAGAAUCAGUGAUAUGUGCAUGAUUAUUAUAGAGGAUGUGUGUGCCAGAUUAAAGCGAAUUGAAGUUGAUAGCACCGACAACGCGGAAUUAAGCUUAGGCACAACGCUGUUUGAGCUUUAUCUUACGCUUCAAAGAUAUGCUAUACUUGGUCAGGUACUUUGUGCCGAAGGACAGCUGGAGGAAAUGAAGAUACAAAAGUAUUAUGAGUGGUUUCGAGGUGGUGUCGCGCAUUGGUUAGACAUCGCAGUAUACAAAGCACUUAGACGCAUUGAUAGAGCAGUCGAGAUCGACACCUUGCAGGCGGUCGACAACAGCGUUCAGUAUAGUUCGAGCGCCGUAGAUACAUUAACAACUUUUUAUCAGAUUAAAGUCUUUUGGACGCAGCUUGCGUGGCCAGACGUUGAAGGUUCCUACACGUUCAUAGCAAAGAUUAUUGACGACAUUUGUAAAUGUUCAAUUGCAUAUGCGGAUAAGAUGGCAGAAAAAGCAGAAAUGACAACGGAAUUAGAACAACUCUCGCAGAGUAGCGUUUAUGAAAAGAAAUUUACGAUAUCGACGGCCUGGUGUUUUGCAAUUAAUAACAUCGAUUAUAUUAGAACGUCGAUCGAACCAUUGGCCAAAGAUUUAGGACUGCAAGAAAUCGUAGAGGCUUUAGGGGAACACAAGACUCAAGAAGAGGCUGAUCGUUGUAGACAGACUCUUCAGCUUAUUAUUGAUAACGCCACAGAUACUGUGAAGAAUAAGAUCAUAGAUUUGUUGGAAGUCGUAGCUAACAAAAUGGCUCCUGCGAUGAGUAGAUAUCUCAUGGAGGGAGCCGAGUUAAUUGAUACGACUAGCAACGCAAUGGAUCGUCUGCUACAGUAUUUGGAUAGUAAUCUGGCAACGUUACAUGAUAAUCUCAACGAGGACAACUUUAAUAGAGUUCUCCUGGUGAUUUGGGAAAUCAUGUCUGAGACAAUGUAUAAGCUAGUCAACACUAAUUUAGAGAAACGACGACCGCCAGCAUUUUAUUCAAACUUACAUCGAACUCUUCACACGCUCAUCCGAUUUUUUAAUCUCGGUGCCGAUGAAACAGCGAAUGUGCAAGUUUUAGAGAAGAUCGACCGUCUUUUAAAAUUACAUGGACUCGAAACUGCUGAGCUCAUACAUCAAUACCAUCAGGAACGUUUAGAGGAACAGAAGGAAAUUGAGGAACCUAUUUAUGGUCUUGUCACUGUCAAAGCACAUUUCAUCGAUAAUUUGUUGAAUAUACAGAUUCUGAAUGCCAGGAAUCUUCAUUGUAUGGAUAGCAAUGGCGAUUUUAUAGGCAAGCUGUCUACUCUCGAGCGCAAACUGUACUCAAAAUCUAAACAAAGAGUGAAAGAAGGGAAGACAAGCAAAUGCGAUUCCUAUAUAAAGAUCAGAUUACUGCCUGAUGAGAAAUUUGCUGAUAUUAAGGUACCGAAAACGCAUGUACAGAAAGAAACGCUCUUUCCUCUUUUCGACGAAACAUUUAACAUUCCUCUUACUCCGGAACAUAGAGCCAUAGAAAACGCUAUAGUGGCGUUUGAGGUAAAAGACAAAGACUUUCUUAGAUCGAGAUUUAUGGCGGAAGCUUUUUUACCAUUUAGCGAGAUUCCUGACACUGAACCAGAAACUGGCUUUGCAACUUUAGAACAAGUUCAUUUGAAACUUUCCCGUCCAACCAAAAAAAGUACGGACGUCAUUCACGCAUUGGAGCAACGGAAAGGAGACAAUCAGGCGAUGGACUUCAUUUCAAAACUCAACAGUAAAGCAAACUCUAAAUGAUCUACGUGGAGCUUUGAUAUGGAUUUACGUUUGGACCAUUUUCGAAAGUACUCAAUGCAAAAUAUAUUUAAGCAACUCAGUCUAUAUAAGACGUAUCGAUGUUAAUAAUAUGCCAGCGUUGCCUUACGAGAAGUCGCUAUGAAUAUUUUGUAAUAAAUGUGUUUUAGUCAUCGUGUUAUUAUCAUAGCGCGAUGUUAUCUGACAAUAGUAUGAUACUUGCGAAUAUCUUAAGGCUGUGCAUAGAUUCGAUUAUUUCUAUAAAUUUCAAAAAAAUCACUGAAUAUUGCAUUUUGAAACUUUAAACAGAAAACAGUAAGGCUGAGUAAGUGCUAAUUGUAAAAAAGCAAUACUUGUAUUUAUUAUAAAUAAAUAGUUAUUAUAUUGAGAAACUAAAUAUUUAGAUAUACUUUUGUAACAAAACUUAUGCUACGACAUAAUGCAAAUUUGGAAGAUUAUUUUAUAUUGUAUAUGUGUAAGUAAUAUAUUGCUAUAUGUCAGCAAAUAAAAUAUGUAUAUAGAUUCAGUAAUA